ACCUGGGAGGGUCCCUAUUAUUCGACACAAUACACAGGCAUCGUCACUGACCCAGCGCUUAACUAGACAUACAAAUCAAAAUGCUUAUAAAGGCGAGCACUGGGACAGGGGGAAGCGGGAAAGCGUUUUAUUUCUUUCUUUUGUUGUCAGUGUUUUGAUUGCAUGGUUGGGCGGCAGGUGCGUUGUUGUAGAUCCGGGGACACGUUUAAUUGUUUUCUUUAGUUUAACAAAAAAUCGUCAUUAAAAUGGACACAAACAGAUUGAUUAGAAUGCCUUCCGCAUUAGAUUGAGUUUUGUUUGGGGUAAGACGGUACCGGUAGCAACGGGAAGCAUCUUAUAAACGCAACGAGGGCAUCAUCCUGGUUAGGGAAGGGCUGGGAAUCUGUAGCUGCUGUCACCGACCGUGCCCUCAAUCUAAAUAUAUUGCAACUACUGAAUAUAUCAAUAUACAAAGUAAAUGUGCAAACAAUCGUUGCUGUCGUAAUUCGAGCAAAAUAAAAUAUUUUAUCGAACUCUAAUUGAUUACAAAAUUGUAUAAUAAAUAAUUUAAAAACAAAAACAACCAAAAUAUUUCUAGUUCGUGUAUUUUCCCCUAGCUAGCCCAGGGUUUGUCUCUGCCUGUACUGUUGUUGCUGCAGCGGGGAGCAGCGCCACAAGAGCCUGCCAAGAUGAUGGAGAUUCAGAUAGACGAGGUGGUGUACCAGGAUGAAUACGGCUCUGUAUCGGUGAUGUCGGAGCGAGUGUCGGGCCUUGCGAACAGCAUUUACCGCGAGUUCGAGCGGCUGAUCUGUUGCUAUGACGAGGAGGUUGUGAAGGAGCUCAUGCCGCUUGUGGUGAACGUGCUCGAGAACCUGGACUCGGUGCUGACAGAGAACCAGGAGCACGAAGUGGAGCUUGAGCUGCUGAGGGAGGAUAACGAGCAGCUCCUCACACAGUACGAGAGGGAGAAGGCGCUGCGCAAGCAAGCGGAGGAGAAGUUCAUUGAGUUCGAGGAUGCCUUGGAGGUGGAGAAGAAGGACUUGCAGACCCAGGUGGAGGUGUUAGAGCUGCAGUCCAGGCAGUUGGAACUCAAGACCAGGAACUAUGCUGACCAGAUGACCCGUCUGGAGGAGCGCGAGUCUGAGAUGAAGAAAGAUUACAACACCCUCCACCAGAGACACACCGAGAUGAUCCAGACAUAUGUGGAACACAUUGAGAGGUCCAAGAUGCAGGUUGGAAUUAACAGCCAGACUGACGGAGUUGGCAGUGGAAGAACUCAGCACCACAAGUGGAGGAUAAGCAGAACAGAGCGACCUCCAUCACUCAGCCUAUUCCCCAGCGCAGAGGGCAUGGAUGAUGAGUCUGAAUCGGGCCAGUCCUCUGCAGCUGCUACUCCCAGCACAACCGGAACUAAGUCCAACACACCCACCUCUUCUGUGCCCUCUGCCGCUGUGACGCCCGUAGAGACAGUCUUCCAGCCAGUCAACGGCUUUGAAAUAACUCGGAACAACAAGAAGAAGGGAGGAGCCAACAGGCAGAGCAGGAACAUGGAGGUGCAGGUCUUUCCGGAUACCAAGAACGUCGGCAUAGGUAUGGGCAGCAGUGACGAAUGGUCUGAUGUUCAGGAUGUCAUCGAUUCCACCCCAGAGCUCGACAUGGCCCCAGACCCUCGGCUCCAUUGCAGCCCUACACAGGGAAUUGUAAACCAGGCUUUCGGUAUCAACACAGACUCGCUGUACCAUGAGAUCUUCACUGCUGGCUCAGAGGUUAUAGGGGAUGUGGAUGAGGGGGCUGACCUGCUUGGGGAGUUUUCAGGGAUGGGGAAAGAAGUGGAGAACCUUCUGAUAGAGAACACACAGCUUCUGGAGACCAAGAAUGCCCUGAACAUCGUGAAGAACGACCUGAUCGCCAAGGUAGAUGAGCUGUCGAGUGAGCAGGAGGUUCUGCGAGGGGAGCUGGAGGCUGUGAGACAGACCAAGAGCAAGGUGGAGGGCAGGAUCAAGGAGCUGGAGGAGGAGCUCAGACGGGUGAAGGCAGAAGCUCUGGGUGCUGAGUCCAAGGAUGAUGGUGUGGAGGACUACUCUUCUCCACUGCAGGAUGACGUGGCCAUGACCCAGCGGCGGCGCUUCACUCGGAUAGAGAUGGCUCGCGUGCUCAUGGAGAGGAACCAGUACAAGGAGAGGCUGAUGGAGCUGCAGGAGGCUGUGCGAUGGACUGAGAUGAUCAGGGCCUCUCGUGAAAACCCCCAAAUGCAAGAGAAGAAAAAGUCUACCAUCUGGCAGUUUUUCGCCCGUCUAUUCAGCUCUUCCUCCAGCCCGCCCCCUGCCAAGCGGCCCUACACUGCGGUCAACAUCCACUACAAGUCCCCCAUGCCAGCCGGAUUCCCCCAGCGCCGCAACCACACCAUGUGCCAGAUCUCCACAACUGGCCGCAUGCUCCAGUUUUUCCCAGAGGACGACUGCGCACUGUCGGCCCGGCGAGAGCAACGGCGCGAGCAGUAUCGCCAGGUCCGAGAGCACAUGCGCAGCGAUGACGGGCUCAUGCAGGCGUGCGGCUGGAGCCUGCCCCCGCGCUUCAAACAGACAGGUCCACUGGCAGAGCAUUCUCAGGAGGGGCCACAGAAGAAACGGCAGCUGAGCCCCAACGGAGGUCAAGAAGAUAACCGCAUGAAGAAUGUGCCUGUGCCAGUGUACUGUCGCCCCCUAGUGGAGAAGGACCCGACCAGAAAGCUGUGGUGCGCUGCUGGAGUGGACCUGACUGGCUGGAGGCAUACAGAGGAGAGUAUGGUCAACGGGCUGAAGACAUCACCCAGCAGCUCCGAUCCACUGACCAGAGAGGGGGAGGGGGAGGAGAGCAGGAACAACCACAGCUCUCCUGAGAAGAAGAAGGUGAAGGAAGGUCCCGAGACAGACACCCUGUCCAGUCGGGUGUGGAUUCUCACCAGCACACACUCCGCUAGCAAGGUGGUGAUCAUUGACGCCAACCAGCCCGGCUCACUGGUGGACCAGUUCAACGUGUGCAACGCCCAUGUGCUGUGCAUCUCCAGUGUGCCAGCGGCCAACGACAGUGACUACCCGUCUGGAGAGAUCUUCCUGGACCCAGGUGAGGGUGGCUCGGAGGAGGCAGGCGGGGUGGAGGGCAUGCUGGCCGGGAUCACCCUGGUUGGCUGUGCCACCCGCUGCAGUGUCGUCCGCAGCAACUGCUCCUCGCGCACAGACACACCAGUACUGGACAAGGGCCUGGCUCCGAUCAGCAAUGGCAAACUGAACCCGUCCCAGUCUGCAGAGGAGGCUACUGAAGCGACGGAGGUGUCAGAGCCAGCAGCCAGCGAGACAGUGCCGGUGUCAGAACGGCCCGGUCCGUUCACAGAGCACAUCUUCACUGACCCGGAGUCAGCCAGUUCAAGGGAGAGCACGCAGGGCAGGGAGGCAGGGCAGACCAAGGAGACCAAGUCCAGCACAGCGACAUCACAAGAGGCAGGGGAGGAGCCUGCUACAGUCACAAGUGCUGCCCCCACCAUGUGGCUCGGGGCUCAGAAUGGCUGGCUCUAUGUUCACUCUGCUGUGUCCAGUUGGAAGAAAUGCCUGCACUCAAUCAAGCUGAAGGACUCUGUUCUGAGCCUGGUGCACGUGAAGGGCCGUGUGCUGGUGGCAUUAGCAGACGGGACACUGGCUAUCUUCCACAGAGCUGAAGACGGACAGUGGGACCUCAGUAACUACCACCUGAUGGACCUGGGCCGGCCUCACCAUUCCAUCCGCUGCAUGGCCAUGGUCCACGACAGGGUGUGGUGCGGCUACAAGAACAAGAUCCACGUCAUCCAGCCCAAGACCAUGCAGAUUGAGAAAUCAUUUGACGCUCACCCACGGCGGGAGAGCCAGGUCCGGCAGCUGGCGUGGAUCGGGGAUGGGGUGUGGGUGUCAAUUCGCCUGGACUCCACGCUGCGGCUCUACCACGCUCUCACACACCAGCACCUGCAGGACGUCGACAUCGAGCCCUACGUCAGCAAGAUGCUGGGUACUGGAAAGCUGGGCUUCUCGUUUGUGCGAAUCACAGCGCUGCUGAUCGCAGGAAACCUACUCUGGGUAGGGACAGGGAAUGGAGUGGUGAUCUCUAUCCCUCUCACUGAGACUGUAGUCCUACACCGGGGACAGCUCCUGGGUCUGAGGGCCAAUAAGACAUCCCCUUCGUCCCUGGAGGGCGGCCGGUCGGGAGGAGUGAUCCACGUGUACGCCGAUGACAGCACGGAGCGCACGGCCGGGAGCUUCAUCCCCUACUGCUCCAUGGCCCAGGCGCAGCUCUGCUUCCACGGGCACAGGGAUGCUGUCAAGUUCUUCGUGUCAGUGCCAGGCAAUGUGCUGGCCACCUUGAAUGGAAGCAUUCUCGACAGCCCAACAGAGGCCCCUGACUCCACAGCACCCCCUGAAGUCGACUCCCAGCGUCUGCACAACGUCCUGGUACUGAGUGGAGGAGAGGGCUAUAUUGACUUCCGCAUUGGCGAUGGCGAGGAUGAUGAGACAGAAGAGGGCUCCAGCGAGGUUCCACAGGUCAAAUCCACCCUGUCUAAGGCAGAGCGCAGCCACAUCAUCGUUUGGCAGGUGUCCUAUGUCUCAGAGUGAGGACAGACAGACAGACACAAUGCACCCCCUCCCCCGAACAGCACCCUGCAUCCUAACCACUGAAAAACAACAGUAACCUGCUCCCACUGGAACCUCCCUGUGUCGUCCCCACCCCCCAGUGUCCCGCUCCCCCCUGCUUCUGGUCUACAGGGGCUCACCACACACCUUGUAAAAAAGCUAUUGAACUUAAAAGGAACUUAAUAAAUGCAAUGACAAAGAAUAUCCUGUCGAAACGUUUGCCAUUGAAUCUAUUAUCACUUAGCUGUGAAAUCUGCUAGAAAGAUGCAAAGAAAUCGGUCCACUGUAUUGAAUACUCGUGGGAUUUGUGAUGCUGGGUGACUGUUGGCUCCGAGUAUCUCUUUUGUUGGUGGAAUGGUCCAGUUUCGAGGCUGUUCUGUACCAAAUUAACUGUGGAUUGUCAAAAACAGUUAGAAAGUUGAUAUAUAUAUA